CUAAGUGUUGAUAUGUUUCAAGGGUUAGGGUUAAUUCCGGACGGGCGCGCGGGGUUACGUAGAGGUACCUCUGUUCCUGCCUGUUACCGGACCUCUGUCAUCUCUACUCUAUUCCUACUUCACGUUCCAGUGCAUGUAGAUACUUCCGUACCGCUCCCGGCAAAUCGAAACGUCAUCCGCUAUCUCGGAUCUAAGAUCGAAGUUAUCGUCUAAAAUCGCUACAAGCUGAGGACUGGGCGCAACUCGACCAUGAAAGCCUACUGAUCGGGCGAUAAGGAACAACGGCGCCGGCAACCCAACAACUACACGCAUCAUGGCCUUCGACCCGUCCAACGGCUUCGUGGCCUCGAGCGAUGUUCCCGGUCUCGCAGACGAACUACUACCCAUCUUCGAUGUCGAGCAGGUCCAGCUUCAAUUCUCCAUAGCCGCCGACUUUGUCUCGGCCCAGACAGCCAACAAUGUCCUGAUCCUGGCCCUCUCCAACGGCCGCAUUCUGCGCAUCGACCUGAACAAGCCCGAGGACAUCGACGAUAUCGACCUUCCCAAGAAGCCGACCGAAGUUGGCGUGAUCCGGCGCAUGUUCCUCGACCCGACCGCCUCCCAUCUUAUCAUCUGCACAUCUCAAGGCGAGAAUUACUACCUGCAUUCGCAGUCGCGCCAUCCCCGCCCGCUAGCCCGGUUACGAGGAGUUUCUAUCGAGAGCAUUGCUUGGAACCCCUCGUUGCCUACCGCCUCGACUCGCGAGAUCCUCAUCGGCGCAGCCGACGGCAACGUUUACGAAGGCUACAUCGAGCACUCGACCGAGUUCUACCGCAAAGAGGAGAAAUACUUGAAGGCCCUGCACAAACUACCGGAUGGUCCUGUUACCGGUCUUUGGGUGGACACCUUACCCGGCGCCGGGACUGACACCAGACGCAUCGUGAUCAGUACCCAGAGCAGGCUGUUCCACCUGGUGGGCAAAGUUGGCAACAAUGACGGAAGCGGUUCGAUCUACUCGAAGCUGUUUCAAGCCGAGCAACCUGUUGUUCAUGAGCUUCCACGGUCGGCGGCAGCCACGGCAGCGGCAUCGGACCUGGUUAUCUCCCCGGAUACCCCCCAAGACACUAGCAGACCCCAUGAUGGCGAUGUGAAUGAGAGAGUGUUUGCCUGGUUAUCGUCACAUGGAAUAUACCAUGGACAACUCCUGCUCAGCCCUUUCACCUCGGAGUUGGGCAACAAGGUCUUCAAUGAGGCUCAGCUCCUGCCCAGGACGCAGCUGAUGACUCUAGAAAGAUCUGGGGGGCGGAGAAUGACAGCUUCUAACGACUACAUCAACGCCAUUGCGCUUACGCACUGGCAUAUCAUCAGCUUAAUAGGCGACCGAGUGGUGGCCGCUAAUCGGUUGACAGGGGAAAUAGUCUAUGACCAAGUGAUCCUCAACCAAGGACAAAAGGCCAUUGGUCUAUGUGUCGAUAUCCAAAAGAACACAUACUGGCUUUUCACAACACAAGAGAUUUUUGAGAUUGUCCCAAGAGACGAAGACAGGGACAUCUGGAAGAUCAUGCUGAAACUGAAGAAGUUCGACGCGGCUCUCAAACAUGCUCAUACUCCAACACAGAAAGACGCGGUCGCGAUGGCAUCGGGCGAUUAUCUUCUCAGCAAAGGGCAGUUUAACGAGGCUGCCGGGGUCUAUGGCAAAAGCAGUAAGCCAUUCGAGGAAGUGGCACUCGCCUUCAUUGACCACAACCAGCCUGAUGCGCUUCGCAAGUAUCUUUUGGGGAAACUAUCGACCUUCAAGAAGAGCUAUAUCAUGCAAAGGCAAAUGAUUGCAAGCUGGCUGAUAGAAAUCUUCAUGGCCAAACUCAACUCCCUCGAUGAUACCAUUAUCACCAGGGCUGAGCUUUCAGAGACACUGAACCCGACACAAACGAGAGAACAGCUGGAUGCUGUGCGAGCAGAGUACCAGGAAUUUGUCAACAGACACAAAUCGGACCUCGACCGGAAAACCGUAUACGCUGUCAUUGGCAGCCAUGGCCGCGAAGAGGAGCUCCUUUAUUACGCCGACGCCAUCAACGACUACCACUUCGUCCUCUCAUACUGGGUCCAGCGAGAGCGGUGGUCCGAAGCCCUCCGUGUGCUCCAACGCCAGACCGACCCGGAGGUCUUUUACGGCUACAGCACCGUGCUCAUGACCCACGUCGCCUCGGAACUCGUCGACAUCCUCAUGCGACAAGCCAACCUCGAACCGCGCAACCUGAUCCCGGCCCUCCUCGAAUACGACCGCAACUACAAGGGCCCUCUCUCCCAAAACCAAGCGAUCCGCUACCUCCUCUACGUCGUCAACCAGCUCCAAUCCUCCGACUCCGCCGUCCACAACACCCUCGUCUCCAUCUACGCCGCACACCCGUCCACGUCCAAGGACGAAUCCGCCCUGCUCUCCUACCUGGAGUCGCAAGGCGACGAGCCGCGCUUCGACCCGGACUUCGCCCUCCGCCUCUGCAUCCAGCACCACCGCGUGCUCUCGUGCGCGCACAUCUACACCUCCAUGGGGCAGUACCUACAAGCUGUCCAACUCGCCUUAGCCCACGACGAGAUAGACCUAGCCAUCAUCGUCGCCGAGCGCGCCCACUCCAACCCGCCCCUGCGCAAAAAAUUAUGGCUCGCCGUCGCCAAAAAAGUCAUCUCCCAAUCCAACGGCAUCAAAACCGCCAUCGACUUCCUUCGGCGCUGCGACUUGUUAAAAAUCGAGGACCUCAUCCCAUUUUUCCCCGAUUUCGUCGUCAUCGACGACUUCAAAGAGGAAAUCUGCUCUGCGCUGGAAGAGUACUCGCGCAACAUUGACUCGCUGCGCAGAGAAAUGGACGAGAGCGCGGCGACCGCGGCCAACAUCAAAGUCGACAUUGCCGCGCUGGACCAGCGGUACGCGAUUGUGGAACCGGGCGAGAAAUGUUAUGUGUGUGGAUUGCCGCUUUUGAGUAGGCAGUUUUUCGUGUUUCCUUGUCAACAUGCUUUUCAUUCGGAUUGUUUGGGGAAAAGGGUUCUUGAACAGGCGGGGCCGGGGAAGGCCAAGAGGAUUAGGGAGUGUCAGGUGCAGAUUACUAAGGGGUUGGUUAAAGGGCGGAAGAGGGAGGAGAUGAUUGGGGAGUUGGAUGGGUUGGUUGGGGAGGCUUGUAUUCUUUGCAGCGAGUACGCUAUCAAGCGGAUCGAUGAGCCGUUUGUUAAAGAGAAUGAGGAUAAGGAGGAAUGGGCUUUAUGAGUUAUGAAUGAAUGGAGUUGAUAUGCGACAUUAAGAGUAUCACAAGCAUGCAUGUAUGUUUUUAUUUUUAUUUUGGCGAGGUUGAUGAUGAUUAGCAUGGAGCGUAGUAGAUGUUUGCAUCAUAUUUCUUGGUCUGAAGAAUGAAUGAAUACGCGGUGAGUUGACAGAUAGGUCACAUUCGAGAAGACAAGAAAGAAACGAGAUACCCACGCAUUUCACAGACAAUUCACAACAAACACACGAUGAGGUUCUCUUCACACUUUGAUCAGGUCAGGCAGCAGAC